CGCGCUGCCUGCGCGCGCCUCCAACAGCUCCAAACGUUUCCUUGGAUGUCAGCUGAGGGCGACAGAGGGAGCCCCCCCACCCCCACACACUUCUCAGCUCUCAAGAUUUCCUUCAGUCCACAAUACACUUUCUCUUGGAAAAGUUCUGACACACACUCACGCGCGGGUCCCGCCAAGAUUCACAAGGAAACCUUUGAGCUCCCAGUUAGUGACAGAAGGCGCGGAAGACGGACGCAGGCGCACAGGUGGAGCGUCCCCCCCCCCCCCUUAUCUUCGUGGUCAUUUUCAAGAAGGAACCACAGAAAAGACUACAAACUGCCUCGUCUUUGCUGCUCAAUCAGGUCUUGUUUGGCACGCUUUGCUUGGACUUGUAAAGCAGCACGUGGGAUGGAAAAAGUUUGUCUGUGGACUACAAUAAAAAACUCCAGGAAAGAAUGAAGUAACCCGCAAUGGAACCGGACAAUGCCCCGGGCUCCACACUCAGAGGACCUGGAGUCGAGGGAAAAGUUCUGAUUCUUUGGGCGUUGCUGUGUUGCAGCUGCUCUCUUCAGCUAACACAAGGACAAGAUGUGGAUGUCCUGCAGGAGCUCGGUCUUUCUGGGCGGAGAACAGGCGCCUUCACACCCUCAGGCGUCAUCGCCUUCAAGUCAGGUGUCAUUCUCACUCCGAGGGCACGCAUCCAGGUGCCGGUGGGCGCCGUUCUCCCCGCCACAUUCAACGCCAGCGGCCUUUUUCUGAUCCUCAGCCUAACGGUUCAUCGCUUCAACGGCGCCGCCCUCUUCUCGCUUCUGUCCAGAAGAAGGAAAAAGCAGCUGAGCGUGCAGUUCACCUCAGGGAAGGUCCUGGUUUCCAAGGGGCAAAAGAGCGCAGUGAGCUUGGACUAUGACGUCUAUGACGGCCGGUGGCAUCAUUUCGCUUUGGAUAUUCGAAGCCAUCGAGUUUUCUUACACACAUCCUGUGGUCAGAAGAGCCUGCAUGCAGAUUUGAGCUCUAAAAAAGAGGAAAUCCUGGAUCCAGAGGGCUUCUUCCUGCUGGGCAAAUUGAACCACAACUCUGCAGCGUUUGAAGGCGCCAUUUGUCAGUUUGACAUUUAUCCUUCUGCUGAGGCAGCUCACAACUAUUGUGAUCACAUUAGAAAACACUGCAGAGAGGCUGACACGUACCGGCCCGUGCUUCCCGCCCUGUUGCCCCCAUUUCCAGACCCAAACAUCACUACUGCCCCUCCGCUGCUGCUGACAGAGAAACCCAAAAAGGUUCAGACACCUUCACCGGUGUUGACUUGGGAAAACAGCAGGACUAAGGUUUUACCGCCAAAUGAUCAUUUGCCAGAGCUGGACGAAACAUCUGUGCCUCCGACUGUGAGCCCUCCAAACCCAGCUGUCGCAUCUGUUCCUCCAACUCUUCAUUUCAUGUUGGAAGAACCUUCUAAGUUUCCAGCUGAAACCGUUACUCCUUCUCUUAGGAUUAGUGUGACUCUGCCAAACCCAAAGCUAAACUCUCACAACAGAAAGAAGACAGAGGCGGUCGUCACUAAACCUCCAAAGCCUCCUGAGCAAAGUCUGCAUUCACCUGCUUCCAGCAGACCUUCAGAGAUGAAGCCAAGCCAGCAGACCACGCCCGUCCCCGCGCCGAGGUCUCCCUCAAACCUCCCCCCAAACCAGCCAACUAGAAACCAGCCAAGGAGAGCGGCUGCACAGCAGCCUGAGCCAGAAGUGACCAACAUGCUGGAUUCCAAACCCACCCGGGCUGCGACAGAUGGCUUCCAAACCUUUGACCUUGAACCCACCCAGUUCUCAACACUUGCAGGACCACCUGGACUAAAGGGAGAACCAGGACCGCCGGGCCCUCCAGGAUUUUCAGGGCUGCCAGGAAAACCCGGCAGGAGGGGCCCAAGGGGUCCUCCUGGUCCUCAUGGAAAUCCUGGCCGUCCUGGACCCCCGGGAUUGAAAGGACACAAAGGAGACCCUGGACUUUCUCCUGGCCGAGCUCCAAAAGGACAAAAAGUACAAACAUCUGUUUGUUACUUCAGAUCGGAAUCUAUUAGAAAUGCCCUCAUUAUAGAACUUUAUUUUAUGCUUUCACAGUGUGCAUCUCAUGAGGGGAAAGACAAAAUGUGUUUGGAGGCAAAGAAGUCUGCCCCCAACUGUUGCUGCCAUAACUUUACACUAUGGAUUUCUAAGAAAAAAUCGGCUGGAUUUUGUCCUUACAACCCUGUUAACAACCUGGUUCUUUGUUUCAAGGGGGAACCUGGUAUCGUCGCCCCCCCUGGACCACCUGGACAUAACGGACGAAAGGGACAAAAAGGCCACUCGGGUCCAGCCGGCCUCCCAGGAGAACCUGGGGAUCGAGGAGAUGAUGGAAGUCCCGGAGCCAAAGGCUAUCCUGGCAGGCAGGGGUUACCUGGACCUGUAGGAAGAAUGGGGCCACAAGGACUCAGGGGUCACAUUGGCGUUGCUGGCCUUUCUGGUUUUCCUGGUCCCGAUGGGGAGAGAGGAAUACCUGGCGUUCGUGGGAAGAAGGGCGAGAUGGGUAGGCCGGGGUUUGCUGGGAUUGUUGGGAAGAGGGGACCUCCAGGCCCCGAUGGGAACCCAGGUGAGCUGGGAGCUCCAGGCCCGUGUGGAGUCAACGGUUUUUCUGGAAACGUGGGUCCUGUGGGGACUGUGGGUCUACCAGGACCGCCGGGACUACAGGGAAUGCUGGGAAACCCAGGGGAAGCAGGACUGAGGGGUGAUCAGGGAGAUGUUGGCUCACCAGGAGAGCAGGGGGAAUGUGGUUUCCAAGGCGAUAAGGGCAUCAGCGGCUCACCUGGGUUACCUGGUCCACCUGGAAAACCUGGACUGCAGGGCGAACCCGGAGAAAAAGGUCCUGCCGGUGCUCCUGGUCUUCCUGGCACAGAAGGGUUUCCAGGUGACAUUGGUCCUCCAGGACACAACGGGCCUGCGGGACUGAAGGGAGGGCGAGGAGUGAAGGGUUUUCCAGGUCCAUCAGGAACACCUGGACUUCAGGGCGAUGUGGGACCGCCUGGACCAGCCGGGCUUUUUGGAGCUGAGGGCAGACCUGGAAAGCAAGGACUGGCUGGACUGACAGGCCCCGACGGACCUAAGGGGGAGACGGGGAUAAGUGGCGAGGUCGGGAAGCUCGGCGACACGGGAAUUCCCGGGUUUGUUGGGCCCGUUGGAGAGAUGGGUUUCCCAGGAGAGAAGGGAGAUCGAGGAAAAAUGGGCAUCCCAGGACCACCAGGUGAACCGGGGCAGAUGGGUCACUCUGGAUUACCUGGUGAGGUAGGAAUGCCUGGACUUCAGGGUGUCCCAGGCCCUCCUGGUUCUCGGGGGUUUCCCGGCAUCAGAGGACCCAAAGGCACCAAGGGUCCAGGAGGUCCGGAUGGUCCAGGGGGGGACUUGGGGUCUGCAGGAGUUAAGGGACCUGAUGGUCCACCAGGAAAAUAUGGGACCUCUGGGGAGAUGGGAAAGCUCGGGGAGCCCGGUGAAGCCGGUCCGAAGGGAUUCCCGGGUGUUCAGGGGCCCUCAGGACCUCCGGGAGCCAAAGGAAUUGCAGGACAGCCAGGGCCAGCGGGGCCUCCAGGCAGGCUGGGACCGCUGGGGGAGAUGGGGGCGGCGCAGUGUUUGUGGCAGGGGCCAGCAGGGAAGGGUGGAGGGCGAGGAGCACCUGGGGAACCUGGACAGAAGGGGGACGUCGGUCCAGCCGGCAGCUUCGGGGAGGAGGGUUUGUCCGGGCAAAGAGGUGAACCAGGCUUGGAUGGGGAGCCGGGACCAAGUGGACCUGAUGGAGCCAAGGGUGAUAAGGGGGAACCUGGCCCCGAGGGCCCCAGAGGAGAGCAAGGUGAAAGUGGCUUUACAGGAAAGGAAGGAGCAUCCGGGCCAGCCGGACCGGUCGGGUUGAGGGGUCCGGAGGCUAAACCCGGUAAAAUUGGGGAGAACGGAAAGGCGGGACAUAAGGGCAGCAAAGGUCAGCAAGGUCAUCCGGGGGAGACUGGGCUGAUGGGUGAGCAGGGGGAGCUGGGAUUUGUCGGACAGAAAGGAGCCAGAGGAACAAUCGGCCCUGUGGGGGCUCCUGGAAGCAUGGGUCAACAGGGUGAUCCCGGCCUGGCUGGGUAUAAGGGUCACAUGGGACCAUUGGGACCACUUGGACCACCUGGAGCGAAGGGUGAAAAGGGAGAGCGGGGGGAGGACAGUGAGGUGGAGGGUUCUCCAGGUCCUCAAGGUGACACAGGUCCUUCUGGAAACCAAGGAGAAAGAGGAGAGCCGGGUGACCCUGGACGCGUUGGUCAAACUGGUGUGGUUGGACCCAGAGGUGAAGCUGGCACCCCAGGCCGUCCUGGUCAUCCUGGACCAAAAGGACAACUGGGGCUGAAAGGAUCCAAAGGUGUUCAAGGCCUGAAAGGCAAACCAGGAACCCCUGGAGCUUCUGGAACCAAAGGGCCUUCAGGUCCGGAAGGUCUUCCUGGCCCUCGCGGGGUUUCGGGUACAGAAGGACUUGAAGGUCCACCUGGAGUCGACGGUCUCCCUGGCCAAGAUGGCAGUAAAGGAGUCAAGGGGGAACAAGGAAAAGACGGAGAGACAGGCUCACCUGGAAAAUCUGGUCUGCAGGGUCCAAAGGGCGUGAUGGGACUUCCAGGAAGUCAAGGUUCCUCUGGACCAAAGGGGGAGAGAGGCCUGCCAGGCCAGACUGGUCCAGCGGGGAAGAGAGGCUCUGUCGGUGCGACCGGACUGCCGGGAAGACCAGGAGAUCGGGGAACGAAAGGCCAACCAGGAGACUGUGGUGAGCGGGGAUUUUCAGGGGUCAUGGGCCUGUUUGGACCAAAGGGACCCCUGGGAGACGUUGGUCCUGCAGGAAUUCAGGGACCAAAAGGACCGCGAGGUUUGAUGGGCGUGGAGGGAGUUUCGGGUCCUGUUGGCAUCAUUGGGCCCAGCGGUCAUCCGGGACCCCAAGGUGACAGAGGAAGUCGGGGGGAGACGGGUUUGUUGGGGCCAAAGGGAUCUCCUGGACCUCAAGGACCACCUGGACCACCGGGUCUUCCCAUUUCAGCCUUUGUGCUCAAGAAUGAAGCUCUGGACGCUGCUUUUGAACUCCUCCAUGCUUCCCACGCUGCCCUUCAGAACGAGAACAAUCAGCGCAUGGAGAUGCCCAUGUUGGAUCAGGGUCCAGAGAUUUUGAAGACCCUGCAGCAUCUCAACUCUCUGAUUCAGAGUCUGAGGAACCCUCUGGGAACCCGGGAGAAUCCUGCACGAGUCUGCCGAGACCUCUUCAACUGUGAGCGGCGGAUGCGGGACGGCUCCUACUGGAUCGACCCAAACCUUGGCUGCAGCGCUGACAGCAUCGAAGUGAUGUGCAACUUUAGCCGUGGCGGACAGACGUGCCUGAAGCCUGUCACCGUUUCCAAGUUGGAGGUGGGAGUGGGCCGAAUCCAGAUGAACUUCAUUCAACUGUUGAGCACUGAGGCCGUGCAGCACAUUACCAUCCACUGCCUCAACGCGCCGGUGUGGACGGCAGGAGCCUCUCUGCAGCCGCUGUCCCGGACGCUGGGCUUCCAGAGCUGGUCGGGGGAGAGGAUCCAAGAGGGGGACCUCCUGGAGCCUCGCGUCCCCACGGACGACUGCUGGAGGAAAGAUGGCCGCUGGCAUGUGGCGCGUUUCAUCUUCCAGAGCCAGGACCCAAACCUCCUCCCCAUAGUGGACGUCUUCAACUUGCCGACUGAGCCUGAUGCCCGCUUUCACCUCGAGGUUGGACCUGUGUGCUUCUUGUAGGACGCUGAGGUGCUGGGCCACAAGGGGGACAGGUGGUGAUUUUCAGCAAAAAACAAAGCCCUGUUUGUGAUUUUGUUUUAACAAAAAAAAUGCUUGGACUGCAGAAGCGAGGAGCGGCAUCUGAGCUCUGGUCAGACUUGCAGAGAAAAGACGUCUGGUGACUUUAGAGACCAACAAUGGGCUCCCUUUGCAGAGACUUGCUCCUCUGUGAUCAGACAUGUUGGUUCCUCUUUCAGAACAUCUCCUUUCUUCUCAGCCCAUGUUGUAGAUUUCUUUUAAGGGUCUGAUAGUUUCAAGGACAAAAAAAGAAGUCUCCGUUUGUACAGAAAUAGUUAUAUCUGCAAUCGUGGUUUGAUUAUUUAUACGUAUGUGCUGUAUUUUUUUUAUGUGAAGUGCAAUGCUGAUUAUUUCGUGGAAGUUCAGGUCGCCGUCAGACAGACUCCAGGUGUCUCUUUGAGCCUCUGAACUGCCCUCUGGUGAGAGUUUGUGCAGAAGUCUCCAUGCAAACGGCUGCUGUGUGCUGCUCUCAGCACUCAGAGGGAGUUUCCCACAAGACGCUACCUCGUUCUGCACCUCUCACCUCAAAUGUUACCAGCUACCGCCUGGGGGGGGUCUUCUGAUGCUGCAGCAAACGUCUGUCGACCUUCUUCCCGCCUGUGCUUCAAAAGGGAAGGAUAUCGAACCAGUUCACAUAGGAAACCAACUAUUUCAUUUCUUAACAUGAGUGCAGCCUUGUACCUGUGGAAGGGUUAUAAAGGUUCCCUGAAUGCCGUUUUUUUUUUCAUUCUCAAACGAGACAAAGUUGCUGUUUUUGUCUUCCAAAGUUGUGAUGUUGCUCCACUGCCGUGGUAUAAAAGAUUGAUUAGUGAAUUCUACAUGAAAUGAUGCCUCAAAGCUUCUCAAAUGGAUCAAUAAACAUUUCAAACCUUUUGUCAAA